CUAUAUUUUUACAUAUUGUGAAUACGGGAUUCUGUUGAGUUGUAGUCCUCUUUGAAUACGUGCAUUUCAACAAUUUUAACCCAACGGAGACCUGGACUGCACUUUAAUUCGCAUAACUUAGUGCGCGUGGGCGUCGAGAAUUGAAACUUCGGGGAGACCCUUUAGGGCGAGCCCACGAAUCAAUAAAGCCAACGAUUUGCCCUUAGCUUUCCGGCAUGUGGGGGCUGAAAAAGGCGAUUGUUCGAAGGACCUAGAUAUGACAUACAGUCAUGAAUACAAAGAGAUAGCUGUGUAUAAAGGCGCCGCACGAGCCUUGACAGUUAGCCACACGAGGGAAACGGACUGGAGAGCGGCUGGAACUCCAAAGUACAAUUCUAAAGCCAUUGCAGGACAGGCGUCUGUCAAGAUCAAGAGGAUUAACCGCGAGGAUCUUUAUGAAUUAAACAAAUCCCUUAUACUUGGGCGUUUAAGGGGCCAAGUUGGCAUCGUAUUUUUUCCCAAUCGUUGAACUUCAACUUGAAAGGGAUGCCGGUGGAGAAGUUUGUGGACAUGGAGAACAAACUGCGAAUCCUGGAGGAUCUGAAUAUGAUGUACAUCCGGCAGAUCGCUCUUAGUCUGCAGGACAGUGACAUCCAAAAGAAAAUCGAUCAUGAGAUCAGGAUGCGUGAUGGUGCAUGUAAACUGUUGGCUGCUUGUUCUCAGCGAGAACAGGCCCUUGAAGCAGCCAAGAGCCUGUUGACUUGCAAUGCUCGCAUCAUGGCCUACAUGUCUGAACUGCAGAAGAUGAAGGAGUCUCAAAUUAUGCAGAAGAUGGCUCGCAGGUCUUCAGAUGCUGGUUCAGUGGAAGAUAGAUUGCCUUGCAAAGCAAAAGUGGCAAUCUCAGACUUAAGAAUACCUCUCAUGUGGAAAGAUACUGAGUACUUCAAAAACAAAGGAGACCUUCAUCGCUGUGCCGUCUUCUGCUUGCUGCAGAUUGGAACUGAGAUUAAUGAUACAGAUAUGGUGAUAGUAGACAGGACACUCACAGACAUCUGCUUUGACAACACUGUUGUUUUUAGCGAGGCUGGUCCUGAUUUUGAGCUUAAAGUGGAGUUAUACAGUUGCUGCACAGAAGAAGAAUUCUCAGGAGGAAACACGCCCAAGAAACUGGCGAGCAAACUGAGCAGCUCUCUGGGGCGAUCAUCUGGAAAGAAAGUACGAGCUGUGUUGGACACUGGAGGUAGCAGCCCAGUUAGCAAUGGCGGGGGCAAUCCACUUCUCUUGCCUGUUACCACUGUACCUGGGCCAAAGUACCAUCUUCUUGCCCAAACCACACUGACUCUUGCCAAUGUACAAGACAGCUUCCGGACACAUGACCUCAUGAUCUCAGGAAAUGAGGAAAGCUCCUUCUGGCUGCCUCUCUAUGGCAGCAUGUGUUGUCGACUUGCAGCACAACCCCUCUGUAUGACACAACAGAUGGUAGCAGGGUAUCUCAGGUUCAAGCAAAUCACUGGGGAGCAACAAAACUGGAUGAAAAUCUAUGCAGUCCUCAGAGGGACAAAUCUUUUCUGUUACCAUAAGAAGGAGGAUGUGGAGGCCAAAGUGGAACCUGCUUUCACAAUAGCCAUCAACAAGGACACAAGGAUUCGAGCAACUGAAAAAGGUCCUCAAAGCAUUUCCAUUAGCAACCAGUAUGGUGGAGAGGAGGUAACUCACACCCUAAUGGCUGAGAGCCGUGACGAUACCCAUCGCUGGAUGGAAGCCUUUUGGCAGCAGUUCUAUGACAUGAGUCAGUGGAAGCAGUGCUGUGAUGAGAUAAUGAAAAUUGAGACACCAUCACCCCGGAAGCCCAUUACAAUGCUUUCCAAACAGGGAUCUUUGUACCAUGAAAUGGUUAUUGACCCAUCUGAUGAUAUUGGCACAGUGACAGACAUCUUGACCCAGCGGAUGCAGCAGUUCGACUUGCACAGAGAACUGGGGUCUGCUCCUGACUGGAUGGUUCUCUUCAAUGAAUCCCGCCUACCUCCUGGGGCAUGCCAUGGAAAUGCACCACUUUCUUCAGAUGCCAGUAUGACUUCUGACAGUGACAGUGCAUACAGCGCAAGCCCUUGCAUGCACCACCCUUGGCGGACACACCGGCAGGAUGCUACUUUGAGUAAUGGAAGAAUACGACCUCGUACUCUCUCUCUGGAUGCCAAACUCAGCACACUGAAGAGUCGUAUGGCAGUUCUCCAUGAGCCAUCAAAGAGACCACAUGUAGAGCUUUCCUGCAGCAGCUCCAGUACCAGCUCCAGUGAAGGCAACAGAACUCCAGAGUCAGAAAUCGCUCCUUUUUCACAAUCAUCAAGUAGCAGGCAGAGUCUUCGUAACAUCCGAGCCAAACUGGAUCCCAGAAACUGGUUGCAAACACAGGUGUAACCCAGAAAAAGAACAUGUAGUCAUGAUCAAAGAUUGGGUGUCAUUGAAAAAGUUUUCAUUAUAGCCUAUGGAGUGUUAUUGUACUUAUGGCAAACACUUUCCAUGCAUGACCAAAGGAGAGAGAGAACGAUGCCUUGAUAGCCUACAGAAAAGCAACAAAAAAAAAAAAAAACAGAAAAACUUGGUAACUGUCUUCCUUUCUUCAUUAUGGUGACGUACCCUUGAACUCAUCUCUAUCCAAGUUAAAGUAAUAACAUGCUUUUUAAGUCCAUCCCAGCAUGUUUUAACUGUCAUGCCUUUCCAGGUUAACUUCCAAUAAAGGGAACGUAAUGUUAGAGCAAUGGAUUUGUUAUUACUAAUAAUUUUCCACCAUGUUUUACUUAACUGAGUUAAGAAAUGGAGGAGAGUGGAAAUCACAUUUUGUACGGGACAACAGUGUUCAAGGCUUUAGCAUCUCGGUGCAAACAUCUCAAUUUUUUCUUAAUAUUAAAUCUAACUAUCUAACACAUGACUUGUCAGCAUCACCACAGAUAAUCUGAAGUGAAAAGGUAUUCCUCAUCCUAAAUAAUGUCUUUGUUCAGUUGCCACUCUGUUGUCUGUUUCUGUAAUGGAUUUGCAUCAUAAAUGGCCAGAGGUUCUGAUUUUUCUUUUACAUUUUCUUUUUCUAAUUGGAAGACUGAGUCGGAUUGCAUUCAAUUGUGAAAAAAAUUAUCUAGUAAAUUCAGUGUUACUAUAAAAUAUUUUUUAAAAAUAUUGAAGACAAAGUUGUGUUUUUCCACAACUUAUAGCUAUAACAGGAAUAGUGGAGUUCUGCUACCAUGCUGAUGAGAAUGAUGUUGUGUGAAUUUGAUAACUUAAUGUUUUUUCCAUUACUUUUGGCUCAGAAAGAAUUUAGUCCUUUGCAGGGUCUCAGGGAACUGGCCAUUCUGAGAGAUGGAUUGGGUGCAAAACAGGAACCAACCCUGCUUGCUAUUCAAACCAUUCGCUAACAAACAGACAAGUCAUCUACAUAGCGGUUUUAUGUUGGCAAGCAACUUAACCUACAUAUCCUUGACAUACUGUUUUUAUUAGAAGAAACUGAAGUACAGUACAUGGAUAAAAACGUGUUAUGGGAGAAUGUGCAAACAACAGAAAGAUGGGAGCUGAGUCUCGUAAUGAACAUGAGGUGUGAAGGAGCUGAACUAACCUAUAUGCCAAAAUCACACCAUUCCAAUAAAAUGAUACUACAAGAGAAUAAGACCAUCAAAUAUCUCACAAGAUUCCCCCUUUAUUAAUUAUAUGGGGAUGUCAUUAUUAAAUUGUGUGAAUCAAACAAUACCCUUCUUUGUACAUCAGUAGAUUUCUGAAUGAGUUUUUUUCUUUUAAUAUUACUGAUGGUAAGCUACAUUUUUCCCUGCAUGUGUUUUAUUAUCACUCCAAACUCUUGCAUCACCCUUUUAAUUUACUGUACAUAUUUGUUUAGAAUUGCCAGAUUAAAAAAAAAUCCUGAAAUAACUUAUUAUAGUAAAAUCAGAACCUCUUCAUUUGCAGUGCUUAGGAUUGCAGUUUCUUUCCUCAAUUACAUAUAUGAGACACCAUUUAAAGGUUUUAUCCCCUUUCAAAAAAAGCCAUUAAUUGAUGUUCUGGUUUGACAGAAAUAUUUACUAAGCAAAAGAAAAAUGUUAACACCAAAACACUUUGUAAUCCUACUGAUCAUUCUUCUUUAUUGUCCCACUUCAACAUAUUCUCUAGUGUAUGAAGUUUAAACAGGUUCAGUCAUUUCAAGUCAGUUUCAAGUUUUUUUUCCUUUUUUAAGCUGAUAAACAUAAUUAAAAUGUAUGUCUGUAGAGGUUUAGUUAUGAUGAGAUUAACUCAUAUGGUAAAUAUCUGCUGCGCAGUCACUGUAUACACAGUUAAAUAUCAGUGGCCAGUCUCCUUCAUCUGUAAACAUCUUUUUGUACAAUCUGUGGCCUUCAGUUAUGGUUAAAAUAUGCAGAAGAUGCCUUCUCCUGAGUAUUCUAAGUAUUUUAAGGAUGUUUAUCACCCAUAGCUGCAAGAAAUAUUUAAUGGCAAUUCUUUUUCACACUUAAGCUUUUAUAAAGUGAAGCCUCUCUUCAUUUAUAAGCAUUUAUAAAACAUGGUUCCUACUAUCCAUCCAUCCAUUAUCCGACCCGCUAUAUCCUAACUACAGGGUCAUGGGGGUCUGCUGGAGCUAAUCCAGGCCAACACAGGGUGCAAGGCAGGAAACACACCCCGGGCGGGGCGGCAGCUCACCACAGUGGUUCCUACUAGUACUUACAUAUUUUUCUUCUCAAUACUCUGUUCCGCUAAUCCCUUUUGUUUAAUUGUAAAAAUUAUUUAUAUAUAUGCUCUCUUUCAAAGUUGAGUAUAAAUUAUCUACUGAAAUCUUGUAUGCACAUUUUCUAGGAAAUGCUGGAAACUGACCAUUAUGUGGAUAGGCUCGCAAGUGAAUUAUGGUUAUGAACCUCCUCUUCCUGAAAGCAGUGGAUAUGGUUCUGGAUGUGUGCUUUAAGCAAAAUUCCAGACUUAUCCCAGUUCUCUUCUUCACUUUCCUGUUUCUACAGUUAAACAAUUUCAAUCAAUUGUAUUUUUUGCAGUACAUCCCAAUGAAAUGUAAAUGGUGGAGCUACUUCACCCUACUGCUGCUUGGCUGUAGACCCCUUCCUAAGAUUUCACCCAGCACUCCAAAGCAUUUUCUGGAUUUUUAGUGAGAAUGAACACAUAUCGCUCGCUACCUGUUAUGAGCCCUGAGCUCUUCUAGAUUAAUGGCAAAACUUACUCAAGGAAAAGCCUCCUACCGGUUCUAAUGGCUGCUUGGCAGUUUAAGUAUGAGUAACCAGAAGUUCUCUACUAGUGUUACUAAACCCUAAGGGUGUCUUGCUGUUACACAACAUUUUUGUUACUGUAAAAUUUUGUAAUGUAAUGUUUUGCAGAUUGGCAUUGUUUGAAGUAUUUUUCAUUAUUGGUUUGUUAUAAAUACAGUAUAUAUAUAUAUAUAUAUAAUUUUAAGAAGAAAGUCUAUUAGUGUUCUGGAAGAUAUGCAAGAUUUAACACCCACACAUGCAUGCCAGAGAGGUAUAUUGACAAGAUAAAGUGAAUUAUAACAUGAAACAUUUAACCAAAAUAAACAAAUUUCUGACACAGUGUUAAUA